AUGGCUACCCCCAAGCAGUUUCCCACGCUCAUACAGCUGGAGCAGCGAGAAGGCGCCGUAUUCCAAGUACUAGGCAACCUCCACAAGAAGCCCUACUGGUUCCACUUCGAGUACCUGAAGAGUCCCAAAGAAGUUCACCUCGAGGCAUGGCUGGUGGAAGCGAUCUUCGGUCCAGGUGGAGAACACAUCCCACAUGUGGAGUGGGUGUCCCAGACCCUACUUCAUAUUAAUCAGUGGGAACCCGAAGGAGAGGCCGAAAUCCUGAUAUUUGGUCGACCUUAUUACCAGAAGGAUGUAUCCAAGAUGAUCAUGAACUUGGCGGACUAUCACCGCCAACUACGGGUGCAAAGAUCAGAGAAGGCUUCUGGCCAGGAGGCCGGAACUCGUUCUCCCGAUGUUACCACGCAGGCGGCAACCCAGCGAUCCCCCAAGUCUGCCGGGGAGGAAACGAUCCAGGGCUCUCCGCAGGCUUCUCUUGAGGCAGCAACCCACGGCUCCCCAAAGGCUGCCCAAAACCUGGUUAUUGGGUUAUAA